ACACACACAUCAAAGCACACACUCUUGUUCUGUGACUGAACCCACGCUCUCAUUGUGUGAUGGGAGAAUGACAUUGGCUCUGAGUUCGCCGGUCACAUGGGUGUCCGUUCCUUCAUAAAUGGUGGCUGCAAGCCGGAGACACUUCAUCUGACAGAGGUACACACAUACAGGCACAGGCAUACACACGCACACCGGAGACACGGCGGGUUUCAGAACCCCUCUGAACGGGCUUUGCCCAUGCCACUAACACCACCUGCGGAGUCUGAUCUGGAACCAAAAAUGAACUGGGCGUCUUUUUAUGCCGUGAUCAGCGGCGUGAACCGGCAUUCCACAGGCAUUGGGCGGAUUUGGCUGUCUGUUCUCUUCAUUUUCCGUAUCAUGGUUCUAGUGGUGGCGGCGGAGAGCGUGUGGGGCGAUGAGAAAGCUCAUUUUAUCUGCAACACCCAGCAGCCUGGCUGCAACAGCGUGUGCUACGACCACUUCUUUCCCAUCUCUCACAUCCGACUGUGGGCGCUGCAGCUCAUCAUGGUCUCUACCCCCGCCCUGCUGGUUGCCAUGCACAUUGCACAUCGUCGGCAUAUCGACAAAAAGUUGUAUCGCCAAGCUGGCCGCACCAGUCCGAAGGACUUAGAGCAGAUAAAGACUCAAAAGAUGAAGAUUACCGGUGGCCUUUGGUGGACAUACAUGAUAAGCCUGCUGUUCCGUGUGUUAUUCGAAUCUGCAUUUAUGUAUCUCUUCUACAUGAUUUACCCAGGCUACAAGAUGUUCCGGCUGGUAAAGUGUGAUUCGUACCCGUGCCCAAACAUAGUCGAUUGCUUUGUGUCCCGGCCAACAGAGAAAACGGUGUUCACUAUAUUUAUGCUUGCGGUGUCUGGCAUCUGCAUCCUGCUCAACAUCGCAGAAAUCAUAUUUCUUGUUGCUAGGGCAACAAGUCGCCAUCUCAAUAACUCCAAGGACUCUGCAGUUGGAGCCUGGAUCUCCCAGAAAUUGUUUUCCUUUUAGAAGUGCUCAUCUAGUCACCCUGAAAGCUAAAUAUUUCACUCAAACUCUUAAUGUUAAUGAGGCCUAAUAAUAUCCUCACCUCAUUGAUGAUGUUUUUAUUGUAUUUUAUAACUCAAUGGCCCAGUUUCACAGACAGGGUUUUGAUUAAGCCAAGAUAA